CACCCUGCCACGGGAUAUAAAACCUGGAACACCAAAACUAAAUAACCAGGCUGACAGCACUCUGCCUGGGGCUUCAGCAGUCUUUCCACCGCACAAACCUUAUCUUAACUGUGAAGAUGACCCUUGUGUUGUUCAUGCUGUGUUCAGGAUUUGUUCACUUCACAUUUGCAUCUCAUCGUUUACGACUGUUCAAUUACAAUGGCAUUGUUAAAAAUGGAUGGUGGGAUUCCUUAAAGGAAUGUAAUCUGAUAAAUCAAUCAUUAGUAACUCUGUAUGAUGACGAGGAUGCCGAAUACCUGAAAAAAUUUAGGGAGGACAGAUUGCAUUUGACAAGCGCCUGGCUUGGUCUGAGUAGGAGACGAAAAAACAUUACAACUUGGUCGGAUGGCGUCCCUGUUACACACAAUGUAUCAAGUGUGACUCUAACAAAUGGGGAGCAAAAAUGUGGAGCUAUUCAAAAUAACACAUUGACAAGUUUCAACUGUUCAGACAGAAACGCUUUCAUGUGCCACAAGGAUGGCAAUUACCACCUGAUUGAAAAUGUGAGAAAGAACUGGUGUCAGGCACAGCAGUACUGCAGAAGAUACUUCCAUGACUUAGUCAGCAUCCGUGAACAGACGCAAAACCAACAAGUGCUUGUGAAAGGAAUGAAUAAAACCUUUUGGAUCGGACUCAUGCAUGAUGAAUGGGAGUGGACGGACAAAAGUUGCUCAACAUUCAGAUCCUGGGCAAAAGACCCAUCACAAAAUUGCACAAUUCAAUCGUCACACUUUUCAACUUCAAUGUUAAUGUCGGGUUGUGACAAUCAACACAAUUCACUUUGCUCCCAAGGUCAUGUGAGAAUCAUAGUCAUCAGGGAAAAUUUAACUUGGGAACAAGCCCUUGACUACUGCGAGGCCAACCACACAGGCCUACUGAGGAUUGAGGAUGCGAAUGAUCAGAGGGCUGUCCAUCAACGGUUAAAUUACACAGACGGGGGUGGUCCAUUCUGGAUCGGUCUAAGGCAGAGUCGUGUCUUUGGGUUCUGGAUUUGGAGUGACAGGACAGUGACGUACAGUAACUGGAAGAAUGGCAAACAGCCUGAGAUGCCGCUGUCGAACAACUGUGGCGCCAUCUACACGACAGACCACACGUGGGGUGAUGUAAACUGUUCGCACCAGCUCCCUUUUAUUUGUGAGGAGGAGAUUUCAUUCAUGAAAACAAAGAUAGUUACAUAGCUUAUUGAUGAUUUUUAGAUUUUAAUUUAGCCCUCUAAGUCUUAAUGGAUAUCUAGGCUUGCAUGAAGUUGUUACAGUAUUCUAAAUAUAAUAAUUUAAUAAAAUGUUAUUUGUUGUGUUUAUAUACUGUAUUAUUAUAAUUAACUGUGAUUGUCUAGAACAUUCAUAUCCAUUUGUAAAAAGAAAAAUAGUUUUGAUAGUUUGUAAAUAAUAACAAUUUCAUCUGACAUUUAUGGAGUAAAGUAACUCACUGUCCCAAUCAAUGUUAUUAUCAAUAACAUUGUGUACAUCUGUUGUUAGUUUUUUUUUAUUCCACUUAGGCUAUAGCUCCAGUGAUUAUUGAAAUACAUGUUCUACUUUUGUACCUACAUGUAUACAUGUUAUACUCAAGAUUAUUUUUUUUGUUUUUAAUUAAUUUGGUUGGGAUUUGAAUAUGGCAAUGUUGCAAACAUGUUUGAUUUCAUAGUUAAUCUUGAAAUCAUAUUUCUGAUAUGAUACAGUAGAGGAAAUACAUCAAUUGAAGACCUGUUUUAAUUAUAAUUUAAUAUAAUGUUUGCCUUAUUGAGAGUUGUGUACAGUGUCUGGGUUAACUUUCUUCCAGAUGACCUUUUAUAUCUGGUUAAUAUUUAUUUUAAAUUAAACCCUUGUGAAUGCUUCAGUGAA